AUGUCACGUAAAUCAUCAUCAUCAGGAGCAUCCUCACGGGCAUCUACAUCAACACUCAAGCAAGAAAAUACCAAACGACACAUCAAAUCACCAACAUCAUCAGUCCCCAUACAAUUCAAAAUCAAGACAUUUAGCAGUGAAGCCUUCCGUCCAUUUACAAUAUCAAGCCAACCACCACCUUUAACACCAUUACCGCCAUCGAAUCGUCCUUCUACGCCUCCUUCACGAGGUUUGAUUGCGUCACAGCAGAGACAUCGACAACAGCAACAGCAGACACAUCAAAAGCAAGUAUCAGGGAAGCAGAAAAAUGGAGAAUUGACAUCUACAGACGAGGCAUCAGAAAAGAAUGGCAUCAUAAUAAUCCCACAUACCCACCACCACGGAAAAUACCACCACGAAGAACGAUGCGCACACGAACUACCCAACAAAAGGGAUGAAUUUAAAAUUAUCUCAGAGGGUCCUAGUGCACCACGUCCACAUGAAGAAGCACGGAAACUCUCUCCUCCUGUUAAUAUCGACACCCAACCUAUUGUAUCAACCAGAUCCACACCCAAACAACGAAGAAUGGAUACAACUGGAUCAAAAUCAUUCAACGAUGUAUUGAGAUAUGGAAACCGUGGGGAUGGAAGGGACUGGCAGCGUCCGGUAUCAUUGGUGGUGCGUCAGAGUGUUGUUUCAGGGAAUGCUAAAGAGUUGGCAAAUCGGGAUACGUCUGCUGUUAUUCAGGCACCGAAUGAUUCACAUUUCUAUCUCUCUGAACAAGAUCGAUUCUCCAGCACUGGAUUUGUAGACCGGGACUCGAUACGUGCCAAACAAACACAGGCAAACAAGCUCAAAUAUCACAUCAAGGACAAGAAUCUAGGAAACUUGGCACAGCUCGCUUAA